AUGCCCAGUUUCAAGUGGCAUGUUUUGUUCGUGGUUCCCUUCUUCUUGGGGUGGGGGGAGUGUUUGUUUGUCCUAUCGGUUGCGUCUCUUUUGUCAAUCAUUUGGAUAUAUCUUGCAUUAAAUGAACAACCUCGGGUGCUCCCAACAAAACCAACGCUAAGGUUCACAGGUGAUAAACCUAUUACCAAAACUUCAGAUGAUGAUAAUUUUGCCGGUCAAGAAGCCUUGUUCCCCAAUAACGAAGCAUUAUCAAAAGAAAUUGAUAUCUUACUCAAUAACAUCAUCAGCAAUUUCAUUUUAUCCUGGUUUGGAUCAAUCAGUGAAUCAGACAAAUUUCCCAAUACUGUGAAAUCGGUGUUAAAAGAGGCCAUAAUACGAUUUUCGAUUGCUCUCUCAGAUGUUGACCUUUGUGAGUUGAUGAUUUUAAGAAUACUACCUUUAUUGACGAAACAUUACACUACCUUCUAUAUAUCUCAAGAGAGCAUCACAAGUAGCGUUGCUAUAGACAAACCUGAACAAAAUGUGGAUUUAGCUGUAGCAGUGGAAUUCAAUAAGCAGUACCGUAUCCAUAAGGAUCUAUCUCUCACUUUGAGUCAGGAAAGUCUUUCUGAGGAUGUACAAAAUUAUUCCCGGAAAAGAGCUAAAGAGUUGCUAUCGAUUCUUGUUGAUCCCAAGGAGUUAGAAUCACCUUUUGUCAGGACAAUUCUAAGAGAAGUUGUGGCGUGUUCGGUUCUUCAGCCACUCGUUUCAAGGAUUGCGACUCCAGAUUUCUGGAACACUAAAUUGAUCGAUAUUUGUUCUCAAGUCUUAAAGGAAAGGUCCCAAGUCACCGAGCUCCGAGCUGUACUAUCUAAAACGAUUGAAGCUGAUGAUGAAAAUUGUCUGGAUAAUGAAAGUCUUGCGAAAAGUGGUACUAUUGAUGUAACGAAUGUUCAUGGAACAGAUGAUGAUUACGAAUGUUUCUUAAAGCAGUUGAGUUGUCUCACGGAAGUCAGCCAAUUAAAUAUCCUCAAGGUUAAGUUAUGGAUUGAUGCACUACAAAUACGAUGCGUACCGAAUGAAGGAGAAGUAUCCUCAAAGUCUUUUCAAAAAAAGCACGCUUUGUUUAAUAAGAGGAUUGAAUUGGCAUUGAAUCUAAUAUACAGCAAGCUUGCAUAUCUAAGCCCAAAUGACCCACAGAGUAACCAGGCACACGAUAAUCUAGAGCAGCAAUUACAAUCCUUUGAGAAGUUUGUGGAAACGGUCACUGUUCAAGAUGUGCUUACGAAUGUUUCCUCUUUGAAGUUCUUUUCGGCAUUCCUUGAACCACAAACAGAUCAAUCAGGAAUAAUUGCUUUACAGCUGUGGUCCUUUAUCGAAAGGAAACGGAAUCCGUUAGAAGAUAUAUCUAAUGAUGAGAUACAAAUUGAUACUUCCAAAAAUGGCAAUAAACAUUUAAGAGAACUUGAGCAACAAUUUUUCAGCUCUCCUAUUUCUCGAGCACACAUUGAGGAAUUGGAUUCUAAUAGCGUCAAAACGAUUAUUGAUUUUUUGAAGGAAAGGGAUGAUACUCCUUCCGUAACAGAGUCACAGUUUGACAAAUCAGUAGAGGCUCGUAGAUGCAUGUUGUUGUUACAGAAAUCGGCUCUUAAAAUAUUAGCCGAAAAAUGGUACCCUAUAUUCAAAGACUCUGAUAAUUUUUAUCAGAUGUUGGCUGAUAGCGAUUUUAUAAAGGCUCAUAAUAUAGCCACUCAAGCGUCAAAUACUUUGAACAAUGAUUUUCCAACGGACACCGUGAGGGUAAUCACACAUGGUAAUUUAGGCAAAGCGUUAGAUGACAUUUUAAACAAUAACGAUGUGAGCACCACCGAUGCUAUUUCAAGUUUGAAAACUCCUAAGAAAUCGUACUCUAAUAUUUUCGGUGCGCGAGAGAAAUCUUUGUUCGAUGAUGAACUAUUUGGAGAUACCUCCGUACAAGAGGACGAAGAAACCUCUGAAUUGAACUCGGUAUCGUUUUACCCUUAUUCGAUUGCAAACAGUAGUCUAGAAAGCUUGAACGGAUCAAGCAAGCAGGAAAAUGGCAGUUAUAAUGAUACGUCUAUCUUGAAUUCUUUAAAUUUGAAGGAGGAAAUAGGUAAUUUGGUUUUAUCAAUUGAUACACUUAAAAAGCAGCUGGAGCUUCUACAUCAUUUGAUAUUGAAGGCGGAGCUAACUAAUAAUCAAACGAGACUGAUAUUGUUGAAGAAAUCGGAAAGAACACUUAGAAGAGAACUGGAAUACAAAGAAUUGCUUAAACAACAGCAUAUGGUUCAUGAGAACGCUAAUAUUUUAUAUGGCAGGGCAAAACUUUGUAUUAAAUCUUAUUUGACUGAUGUGUCUCUUGAAGAUGGUAAAGAAACUGUUUACUAUUUGAUAAAUGUACAGCAUAUCUUCAACAACCAGUUAGUUACGUGGGAUAUACCUCGAAGAUUCAGCGAAUUCUACAGGUUGAACUCCUACUUGAAGAAGAAGUAUCCGGGGGUGGUAAGCUAUUUGCAAAAUUCUAAUGGCUUCCCGGAGAGAGUAAAAAUGUCAUUAAAGUAUCAUGUAUCGAAAACAUUAUUGUAUGAAGAAAGAAGAAAAAGACUCGAAUACUACAUGCAGGAAUUGUUAAAAAUACGUGAGGUUUGUCAAGAUGAAUACUUUAGAAAAUAUUUGACGGAUGUUUCCAACACUUUUAAGGUUAAAGAGAAUUUGGAAGAAGAUGUUGAGGAUAAGAGAAGAUCAAUGGUUCUUUUAAAGACGGACAACACCGUUGGAGAAGUUACAAAUGUAUCAGCAGGGAGAUUUGAUGAUCCCAAAAGUUUCUCAGAUGAAUUAGAUUUCUUUGAGGACGAGAGAAAUUUCCAUUCGGGAGCAAAUGGUAGCAACAAUACAGGAACCUUAGUGAAACCCAUAUGUGAGUUGUUCAUUUCUUUUUUUGCUCUAAACCAGUCCAAUACCGGUUGGCUAAGAGGAAGGGCUAUCAUAGUUGUAUUACAAAGAUUAUUGGGUAGCACUAUUGAGAAAUAUAUCAAAGAUGUUAUACAACGAAUCAGAUCACCAGAGAAAGUAACACUCCUUAUCUCUAAACUUAAUUCCAUACUUUGGGUAGAUGAUAUAUUCUUCAAGAGCAGCAGCAUUCCACAGCCAUCAGCCAGGACCGAAGGUGAAAUUAUCCGAACCAGUACAGAAUCGCAGGCGAUGCUUGAAAGGUUUAUGGUAGAGACUUGCGGGAAAGUGGUCGGCACAAUGUAUGCGAGCAAUGCAGGAUAUAGAUUACAUUCAAUGCUACAGAACGAGUAUUUAAAUGUUAGUUUGAUGCUCGAGAUUAUGGAUGUCAUGUUUGAUGAGAUUAAACGAAUUCAAUCCAAGUCUCCAGGUCCAUAA